GAAGUGGGAGUGCCGCGUGCUCGCGCAUCUUGCGGCCUGGCGGCGAGGGGCGUCGCCUGCGCGCGCAGCGGAGGAUAGUGCGCCGGCGCGGCACGCCGUGUUCGCGAGCAGCGAGGCGGGGUGCGGUGGGGCGGGACGGUGCCGCGGCCCCGGCAGUUAGGGCCCGGGGGCGGAGAGGAUGGAGCCCCCGAGGCGUUAGCCGACUCUGUCAGCUCUGAGCGUGCAGCUGUUUCCUGGCGCGGCCCGUGUGAUGGUGCCGGGAGGAAGGAAGCGCCGAGACAGCGCCUCGGUCGGAGCCCGGGUUCCGGGGGUGAGGAGGCCCGGGGACGGCGGAGCUGGCGAGCUGGCCGCUGGCUGGGCGAGCGGUCACAAUAGGAGGCGGCGGCCUAGCAAGGAGCCGCGGGAGCAGCCCCGCAGGGCGGAGCCUCCCCUCGCAGAUAUCUCCCGGGUCCAAUUCAGCACCUCUACCUGGCCAUCCUAACAAGGUGAUUUGUGAAAGGGUGAGACUUCAGAGCCUGUUCCCUCUCCUCCCAAGUGAUCAGAAUACUACCGUUCAAGAGGAUGCUCACUUCAAAGCUUUCUUACAGAGUGAAGAUAGUCCAAGUCCCAAGAGACAGCGCCUCUCUCAUUCAGUCUUUGAUUAUACAUCAGCAUCACCAGCUCCCUCACCACCAAUGCGACCAUGGGAGAUGACAUCAAAUAGGCAGCCCCCUUCAGUUCGAUCAAGCCAACAUCACUUCUCAGGGGAACGAUGCAACACACCUGCACGCAACAGAAGAAGUCCUCCUGUCAGGCGCCAGAGAGGAAGAAGGGAUCGUCUGUCUCGACAUAAUUCCAUUAGUCAAGAUGAAAACUAUCACCAUCUCCCUUAUGCACAGCAGCAAGCAAUAGAGGAACCUCGAGCCUUCCACCCUCCGAAUGUAUCUCCCCGUCUGUUACAUCCUGCUGCUCAUCCACCCCAGCAAAAUGCAGUAAUGGUUGACAUACAUGAUCAGCUCCAUCAGGGCACUGUCCCUGUUUCUUACACAGUAACAACAGUGGCACCACAUGGGAUCCCACUCUGCACAGGCCAGCACAUCCCUGCUUGCAGUACACAACAGGUCCCAGGAUGCUCUGUGGUUUUCAGUGGACAGCACCUCCCUGUCUGUAGUGUGCCUCCUCCAAUGCUUCAAGCAUGUUCAGUUCAGCACUUACCAGUACCAUAUGCUGCGUUCCCACCCCUUAUUUCUAGUGACCCAUUUCUUUUACAUCCUCCUCACCUUUCUCCCCAUCAUCCUCCUCAUUUGCCACCACCAGGCCAGUUUGUCCCUUUCCAAACACAGCAAUCACGAUCGCCUCUGCAAAGGAUAGAAAAUGAAGUGGAACUCUUAGGAGAACAUCUUCCAGUAGGAGGUUUUACUUACCCUCCAUCAGCCCAUCCCCCAACAUUACCUCCAUCAGCUCCUUUGCAGUUCUUAACCCAUGAUCCUUUGCAUCAGGAGGUGUCCUUCGGAGUACCUUAUCCUCCAUUUAUGCCUCGGAGGCUCACAGGACGUAGUAGAUAUCGAUCCCAGCAGCCAAUACCACCUCCCCCUUAUCAUCCCAGCUUACUACCAUAUGUAUUAUCAAUGCUCCCAGUGCCACCUGCAGUGGGCCCAACUUUCAGCUUUGAAUUGGACGUGGAAGAUGGAGAAGUAGAAAAUUAUGAGGCCCUGUUAAAUCUGGCAGAGCGGCUGGGAGAGGCUAAGCCUCGAGGACUGACUAAAGCAGAUAUCGAACAGCUUCCUUCUUACCGGUUCAAUCCUAACAACCACCAGUCAGAACAGACUUUGUGUGUAGUAUGCAUGUGUGAUUUUGAGUCAAGGCAGCUACUUAGAGUUUUACCCUGUAACCACGAGUUCCAUGCCAAGUGUGUCGACAAAUGGCUUAAGGCAAAUCGUACUUGCCCAAUCUGCCGAGCUGAUGCUUCAGAAGUGCAUCGGGAUUCAGAAUGACCAACCUAAGAGCACAAAUUUAGUUUGGGUGUUCCUCAUCACAUGUAUAUACGAACUAUCCAUUGAACUUAAUCUGUGUGGCUUCCAGCCCUCCCUUUACCAAAAGGGUCAAUGGACCUUUCUUUGCACUGUGUGACUUAAUCAACUAUAAAAGCUUACAAUUAGUCUUCACAAUUAUGGGAUUGUUAUACUAACCGUGUGAUUGGAACUCCAAAGACUUUUUCUUUAGCUUAAUUUUGUGUGUGCACUAACAUUCCCUGGUUUUUGUGUGAUCAUUCCGAGUGUUGCUGCAAGAUUACAGUGGACGUGAUCUUUUAGCAUGUGCUUUUAUAAAAAGUGGUAGCUCCAGAUGAUAUAGCAAUCUACCUUAUAUAGAGCCUUCAGAAACUGUGAGUGGAAAUGAAUGCAGCGUAUGACUGUUGGUGAUAAAUGUAUCUGUGUGUGGGAGAGAGUGUGCACAACUACUUGUGUGAGGGCAUGGUAGCUAAUGUGUGUAUGAGAUCCUAUAUACCAGCAUGUACCAAGAAUGUGUGUGUAGUUUUAAUUAUGCUGCAAUGUAUAAUCUGGUGUGUUAUUUAAACAGCACUAGUACUGUACACUGGUUUUUUCCCUUGUGUUUGCUGUUGCACACUGAUUGCUAAGGGUGCAUCAAUGAUAAGCAUUGAAUACUCCAUCCCUUCCCUCCCAGUGAAUGGAAUGAGAAAAGCCUUCUUCCUUUGCUUCAGGCAGCUGUCACCUUCUCUUCGUUGGUGGUCCCAAGUGGGUCACUUAAGAAAAAAAGUGUAACAGAUUUCUCACUCCAUGAACCGGAUUUUUUGAUUCUGUUGUGAAAAAAAAAAAUUUUUUUUUUUAAUCUCCAACUUGCUGUUUCCAAAAAGAAGGUGCAAUAUCAUACAUCAUCAGUUAGCAAUAUUAGCAUUUCAAUCAGUGAUUUGAAUGUUGAUACUUUGUUUUUUCCUUUACAUUUCCAGUAAGCUUCUUAGAGGAAGUACCUGUGAUUUUUUUUUUUUUUUUAAUGUUUAGGUUUGUAGUCUAUUCUGAAGAUAUUUGAGUAAUAUAUUUCUAAGAAUAUCGCUGGUCCCAUGAAGUCUCACCUCCUUUACUUCCACCAGAACAAAAUCUGUUAGCUAAUUCAGAUUGACUUCUGAUACGUUCUUUGUUAAACUCUCAUAGGCAACUAAAUUGUUUUAAGAAACUAUAUUUCUGUUUGUAUCGAUUCACCUGCCAACCUUCAAUUCUGAUAGUUUUCUAGUUCUUUCCUCAGUAAAUGUGCUUCUCAUGGAAACCCUCAUUUCCAGGAUGGAUCAAGUGCUGUGACAGCCCGAAUUCUUAGACCUGAUGUGCUUUGAUGUUUUAUUGCUUUUUAAAAAAAUUUUUGUUUGAAUGAGAAAAAUUUAAUAUAACAGGUCCAGAAUACUUGCAGUAUAAAUGAAGAUUUGAUUUUUGUAUAAAAAAUGUAAAACAGGAAUUGACCUUCAUUUAGUUGAUCUGAAAUAAUACAUAGCUGUGUGGGGUUUUUUUAUAGGUCCAUUGAACAUCAUUUAGAUUGUUUAAAGUCAUUUUUCCAGCAAUGUUUUGAUUCCUCCCUCGUUCUUUUAUUGUCUUCAACAUUGUCUCUUCCUGCAAUUGAGGUCAUUGCUUUGUUUGCAGUAGCACAAGCUGCAUAAUCCCAGUCAGGACUGUGAUGACUUGCUGCCAGCCUCACUCAGCUUUCAGUUGGCUCUGUGUCAGUUUUCUACUCAGUGUUAACUACUCGUUACUGCCAUGCUACUUGCCUUCCCUUUGAAGUCUCUAUAAGCUCAUCCCAGCUUAGAGUUCAGUAAAGUCAAUUCUCACAGAAGCACAAUUUUGCCCUUUUCCGGACACUGUUGCCUCUAUCUAGUCAGACAAAUAGGAUUUUGCACACUUUCUGUUCGCCCCUGUAUUUGUCAGUGCAUCAGAAAUACAUCUCAACAGUGCUAAGGUGCACAUGUUACUUUUCAGUCAUUAGGACGUCCCCCCCCCCCGGUUCCUGAUGAAUAAAAAGCGUGUUGAAGACCAAAAUUAUUGGCGUAAUCAGCUACAUUAUGAAUCACGUAUAGUUUGAUCUUUAUUUUUUUUAAUUAUAAAAAAUCAUGUUUAAAAUGGCAAAAGCUCAUCUUAUACAUAGACUCUUUUAUAUAGCUGCAAAAAAUUUAUAUCUGUACAGAUCUAACAUAACACUACUACACUCAGUAUUCAUUUUAUUGAAGCAUGCAAGUAAAGCACUUUUUCUAAUUUAUAUAGAUACCUAAUUAACAAGGCACAUUGUACUAAUGACUAGGAAAAAUAGCUCUUUCUUCCCUCCCUCUUAUGAUGAAUUCUUGUCAUAAUAUCCCUUUUCCAGCAAAUUUUUGAGAGGCAGUUGGCAAUUUAGGAGGCAGCAGGGUCUAUUUUGGUAAAAUCCUGAAGUAAUGUUGCACUCUUGUGACUGAUCUCUCUUUGGGAAUGUCUUUCUUUGCAUGGGGCCCUUAGAGAUGUGUACAGAUUUGCUUAUUAAGUGGUUAGUGUGUAUUAGGACCAUACAUUGCAUGUGUUCUGAACCAGCUCAGACUAGCCACAGUGAGCAACUUCAUGGCUAGCAAAAGAAAGGACAGUUGAUUCAUGCCCAGCUGUUGUCACCUUGAGCGAUGCACCAGAUAGCAGGCAGAUGUUGGUUUGUUGCCUUCUUCCUCUUUUCUCCUAAAACAAUACUGGCUUUACCAUCUUAACUCUGCUGUGGGGUUUAAUUUUGUGUUGUUUUGCAUGAAUUAUCAUCUUUGAAUUUUUUUAGCGUGCCCCCACCCCCAUAGAACAAAAAAAAAAAAAAA